UUAUUUUUGCCAUUGAAAAAAACAUGCACUACGACGAUUGCCGUACUAAAAAAAUCUGAAGAAACUGAGCAUCCGCUUAAAUCAUUUAUCCAAUUUUAUUCGUAUCUCAAUGCCAUAAAGACUAUAGUAGUAUGUUUGUUCCAUUAUUGACAUCAUAUUGACAAUUCGACAAUUAAAAAGUUAUAGGAUGUUUCCGCUAUCCGUCGCGUCGUUGGGAUUUGCAGUUUGCACUUAUGAAGUAAAUUUAGCUAGAUUAUACAUGGAGAUUAAAAUCAGUAACUAUUUAUUACUUACAAAUGUUUAGUGAUUUAUAUGUGUGCCUGUGAUCAGUCUUCAAAUUGAACGAUGAUAACAAAAAUGCAACCGCAAGCAAAUGUAGCAGUGCCACAGUCUGUCACGACGCAACCCCAAGCUCAGCAAAUCGUCGGUGUGCCUGCAAAUGCUGUGAUAUUGAAAAUGUCGGACUUACAACAAAUAUCUACUGUGGGCUUACUUGAAUUAGCACAUCGAGAAUAUCAAGCUGGUGAUUAUGAAAGUGCAGAACAUCACUGUAUGCAGUUAUGGCGCCAGGACAGUACAAACACAGGGGUGCUACUCCUACUCUCGUCUAUACAUUUCCAGUGUCGGAGACUGGACAAGUCUGCUCAUUUUUCCACAUUGGCGAUCAAACAGAAUCCUUUGUUGGCUGAAGCCUACAGCAACUUGGGCAAUGUUUACAAAGAACGCGGGCAGCUUCAGGAGGCGCUGGAGAACUAUCGUCACGCUGUCCGUUUGAAGCCGGACUUCAUCGAUGGAUACAUCAACUUGGCUGCGGCUCUCGUUGCCGCCGGCGAUAUGGAGCAAGCUGUGCAGGCUUACGUUACCGCACUGCAGUAUAACCCUGAUUUGUACUGCGUCAGAAGCGAUUUGGGCAAUUUGCUCAAAGCCCUCGGAAGACUAGACGAGGCAAAGGCUUGUUACUUGAAGGCAAUCGAAACUAGACCCGAUUUCGCGGUCGCCUGGAGCAACUUGGGUUGCGUUUUCAAUGCGCAGAGUGAAAUAUGGUUGGCAAUUCAUCAUUUCGAAAAAGCUGUCGCAUUGGAUCCCAAUUUCUUAGACGCGUACAUUAAUUUAGGAAAUGUACUAAAAGAAGCUAGAAUUUUUGACAGGGCCGUCGCCGCAUAUUUGAGAGCCUUGAAUUUAUCUCCCAAUAAUGCCGUCGUGCACGGCAAUUUGGCCUGCGUGUACUACGAACAAGGACUGAUUGACUUGGCCAUCGAUACUUAUCGACGUGCCAUCGAAUUACAACAGAACUUCCCGGACGCGUAUUGCAAUUUAGCUAAUGCACUCAAAGAAAAGGGACAAGUGACUGAUGCUGAAGAGUGUUAUAAUACCGCGUUACGUCUCUGUCCGUCUCAUGCAGACUCCCUCAACAAUCUGGCUAAUAUAAAACGGGAACAAGGCUACAUCGAGGAGGCUACACGUUUAUAUUUAAAAGCAUUAGAAGUGUUCCCGGAGUUUGCGGCGGCGCAUAGUAAUCUGGCUUCAGUGUUGCAACAACAAGGGAAACUAAACGAAGCCCUUAUGCAUUACAAGGAAGCUAUACGUAUUCAGCCGACCUUUGCCGAUGCGUAUAGCAACAUGGGCAAUACGCUGAAGGAAAUGCAAGAUGUAGCCGGUGCUCUGCAAUGCUACACAAGGGCGAUUCAAAUUAAUCCCGCAUUUGCGGAUGCUCAUAGCAAUUUGGCCAGCAUCCACAAAGAUUCUGGUAACAUUCCUGAAGCUAUACAGUCGUACAGAACAGCGCUUAAGCUUAAACCAGACUUCCCAGAUGCGUAUUGCAAUUUAGCCCACUGUUUACAAAUAGUGUGUGACUGGACGGAUUAUGAGGCUCGAAUGAAAAAAUUGGUCAGCAUUGUCGCUGAGCAGCUGGAGAAAAACAGACUGCCAUCAGUACAUCCGCACCACUCCAUGUUGUAUCCGCUGACACAUGACUUUAGGAAGGCCAUCGCCGCCCGUCACGCGAACCUUUGCUUGGAGAAAGUGCAAGUGUUGCACAAAAACCCUUACAAGUUCCCUAGAGAUUUACAAGGCCGCCUUCGUAUCGGGUACGUAAGCAGCGAUUUCGGUAACCAUCCGACAUCGCAUUUGAUGCAAUCGGUACCUGGUUUGCAUGACCGAACAAAAGUGGAAAUAUUCUGCUAUGCCCUCAGUCCGGACGACGGAACAACGUUCCGAUCGAAAAUCGCCAGGGAAGCGGAGCAUUUUAUCGAUCUAUCUCAGAUGCCUUGUAACGGCAAAGCAGCCGAUAAAAUAUACGGAGACGGUAUUCAUAUCUUGGUCAAUAUGAAUGGAUACACUAAAGGAGCGCGAAAUGAAAUUUUCGCUUUGAGACCAGCCCCGGUCCAGGUAAUGUGGCUCGGGUACCCGGGAACUAGCGGGGCUAGUUACAUGGACUAUUUAGUUACUGAUGCAGUGACGUCACCCGUGGAACUUGCCAGCCAAUAUAGCGAAAAACUAGCGUACAUGCCACACACGUAUUUUGUUGGCGAUCACAAGCAAAUGUUCCCACAUUUACAAGAACGUCUGAUUCUGAGCGACAAAGUUAAAUCCCACAACAAUUUGGGAAGUGUCGCGGACAAUGUUGCUGUGAUUAACGCGACCGAUCUGUCGCCCCUUGUGGAAAAUACUGACAUUAAAGAAAUAAAAGAGAUCGUGCGAGCAGCCAGACCCGUUGAAAUAUCUUUGAAAGUAGCCGAAUUGCCAACGACGACACCCAUUGAAACUAUGAUUGCAUCAGGACAAGUACAGACAUCCGUAAAUGGCGUUAUUCUUCAAAAUGGCUUAGCUACUACGCAGACGAACAACAAGGCUGCGACGGGCGAGGAAGUACCACAAUCUAUAGUGAUUACAACUCGACAACAAUACGGCUUACCGGAUGACGCCGUAGUGUACUGCAACUUCAACCAAUUGUAUAAGAUUGACCCAUUAACUCUACACAUGUGGGUGUACAUACUGAAACAUGUACCUAACAGUGUAUUAUGGUUAUUAAGAUUCCCGGCCGUAGGAGAACCCAAUUUACAAUCCACUGCCAACCAACUUGGUCUUCCGCCGGGACGGAUAAUAUUCUCAAAUGUUGCUGCCAAAGAAGAGCACGUACGACGCGGACAGUUAGCCGAUGUGUGUCUCGACACUCCACUUUGUAAUGGACACACAACUAGUAUGGACAUCCUAUGGACUGGCACACCGGUUGUGACCCUUCCUGGGGAGACUUUGGCGUCUCGAGUGGCAGCUUCUCAAUUAAAUACUUUAGGAUGUCCCGAGCUCAUUGCCAGAACGAGACAAGAAUACCAAGACAUAGCUGUAAGACUGGGAACAGAUAGAGAAUACCUAAAAGCGAUCAGAGCAAAGGUGUGGACAGCUCGCACUGACAGUCCUCUUUUCGACUGCAAGGCGUACGCCACCGGACUUGAGAUGCUGUACAACAGGAUGUGGUCGAGGCACGCGCGAGGCGAUCGCCCUGAUCAUAUACAGGCCCUCGAGAAAUAAGUGAAUACAAUAAAGUUAUGUGAAGACCAUUUUAGUGUGAAAUCAUUGCGUGGAACAUUUUGUUUAAUUCGAAAGCUAAAAACUAUCGAUAAUACUAGUUUUUCGGCUUCAAUUAAUUUAAUCUUUGAGCGUCAAAGAAUUUAUGGGUUGUCUCAAACAAUUUUCAGAGAUCUCUUGUUCUUAAUACAGAAAUAUGUGAUACAAAGUGGAAUUAAUGGAGUUUCGAUUUAAUAUCGGUAUUAAUAACAGUGCAUGCUAACACUUUUAGUGAACUGAAUUAAUCACAUUAGUGACUGUCUUAUAGGCGAUGUUAUUAAAUGGUGAUUAUUAAUGAUGAGUUUGUUCAUUCUAAACAUUUGAACUUACAGCAUAAUAAUUUGUAUUUUGUAUUGAGACUAAUUUGUGCCUUUGCAGGGUGGGACAAUCCUAUAUUGCCAUAUACUUUUUUGUAUAACAGUGACUUGAAAGAUUUGGAAUGAAUUUAAAUGUUAAGGAAUUCAUAAACUGACAUUGAAAAGUAAGCGUUAUUUAUUAUUUCACUAGUGUUUGUUUGUCUGUAGUAACAAUAUUAUAAUAUUCAGUUUGAACCAUAAUAAACAGUUCAUAGUUAAAAAACAAGUAUUAAAAAUAUGUUAAUCCAUAUAUUUAAUUAUACUCUUUAAGCUUGAUUGUAUAACCAAAUAUUCUUGCGUUAUGCUCUGUGUAUGUCGAGGUGAGUAUGGCUUAGAAAAAAAUGCAGCAAAAGUAUUUACCUUUACCACACAGUAUUUAAAAUUAAUUGAAACUUGUUUAUCUCUAGUUAUGAACUAAUGUUAUUACACUAAGACAAAGUUCCAACAUUAAUGUAAAUUAAACAACACUAAUACUAUUUUAUGUAUUUUUAAGGAAGGAAGGAAUAGGGACACCACUUGUGGUCUAACUUAGCUGCCUCAUUCAAUGAAUUUUUUCACAACUAGAACAAGCGUUGAAGUUUAGCGCGUCAUGUUAAAUCGUGACAUAGUUAGGACUUGCGUAUAAGUUAUCGUCCCAGUUGGUAUUCGUACUCAAGUUUAGUCAUAUUUCAAUUGUGUUCACUUUCAAAUUAACCUUUUUAUUUCCCACCCAUAUAACUAAUUAAAUAGUGUUCUGUAAAUUCCUGUAGUAUUUAAGAAAUAAAAAUCUAUUGUGAUAAACAGUCCUAUUUGUUAACAAAAAAAAGAAGGUAAACAAUGGCAUUGUUCUUUUCAGUAAAUUUCAUGAUAAUAUACACGUAUAGUAAUAUUAACAUUACAAAUACUAGGAUUCCUCAAAAACCGAGUUUAGUCACAAUGAUGCGACUUAUUUUACAAUUAAUACAUUUUCUAUUUUAAUCAAUUGAAGAUUGUAGCGAAUAGAUCAAUGGCUGGUUAAUUUCAUUUAAAACUUGUGAAUUAAAAAAAAUUCGUAACUCGUGAUUUGUAGCACGGUAGAGAUAAUUUUAGACUAUCGGAAUAUGCAGCAUGUGAGUAUUUCGUUUAAUUAUAAUAAUGAAGUUUGAAAAUACAGAACACGUUUUAAAGACUAUGUUCCGAUGUACACCGCGAGUACUGUUCAGUACUCUCACUGGGGAGAAAUUCGUUCCUUUAUGGACUGACAGUAUACAGUGGCAUCACCUAGGGAAAUAUAUUACUACAUAAAUCGUCGCCAUCUUCCUACUGUAAACACUAGUGCUUUUAGCUCACUGAGUUUCUCGCAGAGUUUCUCGUCGCGUUUCCGAUCCGGUGGUAGAUUCUGUGAAGCACGGCUCUUGCUAGGGCCAGGGUUAGCAACAACUCCGGUUUGAGCCCCGAGAUGUCACCUACACGCUAGGGUAACGCUGAUAUAGCCUCUCAAGGCCAUCAGCAUAGGUAGGGAAAAAAAGGUGUUUUCGAGGUAAGGUAACCUCAUUCCAAUAAUUCGAGAAAUAAUUUGUUAUACAUUAAAUUGCUUGAAAAAGAAUAUUUUCUUGUAUUCAAAAGUAUACUAACUUAUUUUGCGAUAAUUCAACUGACCAUAACUUGAAUAUUCAAUUUUUAAAUGUAAUUAAAUUUAACAAAUUUUUUUUUUGAAGGUAAAAACGAUGUCAGUAAACUUCGAUGACAGUUUAUGUACUACGAACCGUUUUAAACAGUGGUCAGUGUAGUUAACUAUAAAGAAACGGUUUUGCAUAUUGAUGUCACACUUUACAGUGCUCUCAGUGUAUAUCGGAACAUAGCCAAAAAAUGUACUGACAAGAUUUAUUUUUAUAUGACACCUCUCAAUGUGAGGGUCAUAGUAGUAACCAGUGUGCGUAGUGCGAGUUUUAACGUUCUCGAUAGCGUAAAAGUUAACUAAUUUUUGUGUGGAUGGGAUCGUUUGCGUACGUUUGCCGCUAGGGGCGCUGUUCCAAUUGCAUACAAAACUGAGUUAACUUUUACGCAAACGAGAACGUUAAAAAUACUCGCACUAAACACACAGGAAUGUAAAAGAUUUAAAUGCGUGAUACUUUUUGUACUAGGUACCUAUUGUAUUGGUGGAAGUUGAUGUUUUAUGUUCCAGCCUAAGAUUGCUUGAAGCUUAUUCACCGCGUCUCUUUCAGUGGUUGGAAACAAUAAAAUUUUAAUUUAUUUCAUGAAUAUAUUUUGUAAUGUUUUAUUUUUUCUUUUAAACAAAUCGAACGGGGUGGCAGGCUGUAUUAUACACGAAUGGCCAUCUAACCGUUUGUACGCGUCGUAAUCAUUGUAUAUAUCUCAAUUAUCUCAUAUUGUUAAGUUAAGUAAGACAUUACCCAUGGUAAAUAAUGAAAUGAAAAUAAAAUUGAAAA